AUGGAGUGGAAUCACUCUCGCUAUCAAUCCCCGAGAGCGUUUCUGCAACAACCGCUUCGGCCUCGAUAUUGGUACUACGACAACGAAGAAGAAGGAGCUCAACAGGUCUGGCAGCGUGAUGUAUCACCGCAGCCAAGUCGUUACUCAAAUAAUGAGUUAGCCUCUACUCCGCCGAUCCCCUCGCUCAAGAUGGAGUCUCCUGGUCCGAAUGGCAGCAAUGGGAACGGCCCCAUGUCGCUGCAGUCGUUCAGCUCGCUGGGUAUGGGUAUACCUCAACUUGAGGACUCAACUGAGAUCCAGUCAUUCCUUUUGCCACAGAACGCUGCAUUUACGAUUAAUCCAGCUCUAUCGCCAGUUUUGCCGCCACCGCCUUCCCAACUACAGCACCAAUAUGGGGCGCAACUCCCACUUCAGCUCUCAUCGCAGUUUUCGGAAUUUACAGCUGAGCCGGCAAGCUAUUACCCGUCACCGAUGCCGGUUCCUCCACUGCCAACGCCUCGGGAUACUACUCGGUCGUCCGAGGACUAUUUUGCUGAAGGAAUUCCAACGCUCCACAGCGUGCACGGUUCGGUACCGACACUACCACUGAGUUUUGGAUCUCUGGAGCAAACGCAGCAGCAGCAACCGCACGCUGCAUUGGAAGAUCAGAAUGGCGGAUUAAGCGAGCCAUUCACCCAAAUGGCCACCGCUCAGGAGCCCAAGUUCUCGCCGGACAAACGUAAAUUAUGCUGUGUGGAAGGGUGCAAGAGUCAAGCUCGAGCCUUUAACCGUUGCAAACGUCACGGCGGGUCGAAGCGCUGCUCGAGUCCCGGUUGUACCAAGAGUGUGCAAAGUCGCGGGCUGUGCAUCCGCCACGGCGGUGGCUCUCGUUGUCAGGAGCCCGGUUGCACUCGAGCGUCGCAGAGCCACGGUCGUUGCAAAAUGCACGGAGGUGGACGCCCAUGCAUUGUGGCAGGCUGCGAGAAGAAGGCGCAUUUGAAGAGACUAUGCCGGCGACACGGUGGCGGUGCCAAGUGCUGUGUGUCGGGGUGCGAGAAGUGGGCUCAGCGUCAGGGCAUGUGCAUGACGCACUCCAAGGUGGUGGCAACGCAGCCUACCGCUAUCGGCAUCAUCGGCGACGUUGUUGCCUACGGGUCGCCGCCUCCACCGUCCGCUUCAGACUCGCCACCUCCAUCGAUGCACAUGCUCACCGAAGUGUAG